AUGCGAGUGCUACUAUUCACGUUGGCUGUCCUGGCUGUUUUUACAGCAGUUAAAUCGGACAGCAAAGCGCGUAUAGUAUGCUAUUUCAGCAAUUGGGCGGUGUACAGACCAGGUAUUGGAAGAUAUGGAAUUGAAGAUAUCCCAGUACACAUGUGCACACAUCUCAUAUACUCAUUCAUUGGGGUCACUGAGAAAUCUAACGAAGUACUCGUCAUUGAUCCCGAGUUGGAUAUAGAUAAGAAUGGUUUCCGUAACUUCACGUCAUUAAAGAAAUCCAAUCCAGAUAUUAAGUUCAUGGUUGCUGUGGGUGGGUGGGCGGAAGGUGGUGCCAAGUACUCCCACAUGGUGGCUCAGAAGACAUCCAGAAUGACAUUUGUUAGGAGCGUAGUCGAUUUCUUGAAGAAAUAUGAUUUCGAUGGUCUUGACCUCGACUGGGAGUAUCCCGGCGCAGCUGACCGUGGUGGAUCAUUCUCAGACAAAGACCGCUUCUUGUUUUUGGUCCAGGAAUUGAGAAGAGCCUUCAUCAGAGUUGGCAAAGGUUGGGAACUGACUGCUGCUGUUCCACUCGCCGGCUUCAGACUUAUGGAAGGCUAUCAUGUACCAGACUUAUGCCAGGAAUUGGACGCUAUACAUGUAAUGUCAUACGAUUUGCGUGGGAAUUGGGCCGGCUUCGCAGAUGUGCACUCGCCUUUAUACAAGCGCCCACAUGAUCAGUGGGCGUAUGAAAAACUUAAUGUUAACGAUGGUCUCAAUCUAUGGGAAGAGAAGGGCUGUCCGUCUAACAAAUUGGUGGUAGGAAUCCCCUUCUACGGUCGUUCCUUCACAUUAUCGGCUGGCAACAAUAACUAUGGCCUGGGAACUUACAUCAAUAAGGAGGCUGGAGGAGGCAACCCUGCACCAUAUACGAACGCCACUGGAUUUUGGUCGUAUUAUGAGAUUUGUAUGGAUGUGGACAAGCCGGGUUCUGGGUGGACCAAGAAAUGGGAUGACCAUGGCAAAUGUCCCUACGCCUAUAAAGGAACACAAUGGGUUGGUUAUGAAGACCCUGAGAGUGUCGAGAUUAAGAUGAAGUGGAUUAAAGAAAAGGGCUACUUGGGAGCGAUGACUUGGGCCAUAGAUAUGGAUGAUUUCAGAGGAAUCUGUGGUGAAAAGAAUCCGUUAAUGAACUUGCUCUACAAAUACAUGAAGUCGUACAGCGUACCGCCUCCGCGUAGUGGAAAUACCACACCUACUCCUGAAUGGGCAAGACCGCCUUCCACCCCAUCCGAUGCUUCUGAAGGCGCUCCCAUUCCUACAACGACUCCGGCCGCUACACAAGCCCCUACCAAGAAACCACCUGUCACAAGUACUACAAAGAAGCCAUUGACUACAACCACACAGGCUUCAGACUCUGGCGAUGAUUCUGAGUUACCAGAUAAACCUAGUGACGUAGAACAACCUGUGGAAAACGAGGUGGACAACCCUGAAAUAUGCAGCUCUCAAGAUGACUACGUUCCCGACAGGAAGCAUUGCGAUAAGUACUGGAGAUGCGUUAACGGCGAAGGAGUACAAUUCACAUGCCAGCCAGGUACCGUGUUCAAUUUCAAGCUGAAUGUAUGCGACUGGCCCGGGAAUGCUGACCGCGACGAAUGUCUUUAG